AUGAGGGUUGCGACUCUUUCUUCUGUCCUGAUGGCUUUGCCUCUGGGUGACCAAGUGGUAUCUAGCUCGCCGACUGAUGAGUCAGAGGUCACGACUCGCAAUGUCAAGACUGUCAGCAAUGUUAGGAUCUUUCGCAAUGGCUCUGCAACUGCUCUUGUCGAGCUUGGUAGUACUUCAGCUCAGUUCAGCUGCGACAGCCUUGUGUACGGUCUGACUCAUGAUGACUGUAACUAUAUGUCAUCGAUUGGCAUGGCUGCCCAAGGCCGUAAUGAGCGGUCCAACAACGGUGUGAUCUGGAUUGGCUCCGACGGUCCGAACACUUUCAACUUCAUCAAUGCUUUCGAUGGCCCGAUCAUUAUUGUUGUUUGGCACAACCCGGUCGGCGACCAUGAGUCAAGCUUUAUGAACGUUCGCCAGGCCAUGGUGACCUACUCCCUUCCCUCUCGUGGCAGUGCCGUUCAGAUCUCUGUCGCAAACGGUAUUCCUGGAGGUUGGGCCGCCAUUUACAACCGCGACACCGCUCUGACUCAGUACGGUCAGAUCGACAACACUUGGGGUGAGUUCACCUCCGGCACCUACGCCACGGUCGACGUUUCGAGGCUCGUCAACAUGCAAGGCAAUGCCAUGUCGAUUCAGACUUUCAACAACAAUGAGGACAACGGCGAUGCUCGCUGCAUGAGCGAUAUGCAGACCUGUGUUUUUAUCUGCAAGAAUGUAGCCGCUCGUACCUGCGGCGAAUCUGGCACAUAUGACUUAAUCAAUUGCUCAGGUCCGGAUCGUACAUAUGCCAUCGACGGCACUGGCAACCCAACUGGCGGUUGCCAGGGUUGGAGCACCAAUGGUCAUUUGGAGGUUGUGCUGUCCUGA